AAGCCAAUCAGCGUCACCACGGUUCCGGGUUAUCAAGUCCUCACCGACUGGCAGAAUUCGUUUUCCCAGACCCUCAGGGUCUGGGUCAUGGGUCCUCGAACGCUGCUCCUGCUGCUCUCGGGGUCCCUGGCCCUCACCGCGACCUGGGCGGGCUCCCACUCCCUGAGAUAUCUCCACUCCGCCGUGUCCCGGCCCGGCCGCGGGGAGCCCCUCUACAUCUCCGUCGGCUACGUGGACGACACGCAGUUCCUGCGGUUCCACAGCGACGCCGCGCUUCCGAAGGUGGAGCCGCGCGCUCCGUGGGUGGAGCAGGAGGGGCCGCAGUUUUGGGAAGCUCAGACGGAGAUCGCCAAGGUCCACGCGCAGACUUCGCGAUCGAACCUGGAGACGGCCCGUGGCUACUACAACCAGAGCGAGUCUGGGUCUCACACCUUCCAGUGGACUUCUGGCUGCGACGUGGGGCCGGACGGGCGCUUCCUCCGCGGCUAUGAGCAGUUCGCCUACGACGGCGCUGACUACAUCGCCCUGAAUGAGGACCUGCGCUCGUGGAACGCGGCGGACGAGGUGGCACACAUCACCCGUCGCAAGUGGGAAGCGGCCGGAUUAGCUGAGCGCUACCGGGCAUACCUGGAGAGGGAGUGCGUGGAGUGGCUCCGCAGGUACCUGGAGAACGGGAAGGAGACGCUGCAGCGCGCAGGUACCAGGGGCUGCGGAGGCACCUGCCCGAUCUCCCCUCAGGCAGAGGCUGUACCUCCAGCUGGCCCAACCCAAAGCGGAGAAAAAUGGGAUUGACACCAGAAUUCUACCCCCUCCCCUGGGAUCUAAGGAUGAGGAUUUCCAUGGGUUUUCAGAUCCUGUACCUUGAGUGACACUCCCAAAAG